AUAUUGACUGUCAUCAUGUCUGAGCGCAAAGCCGUGAUCAAGAAUGCUGACAUGCCCGAGGACAUGCAGCAGGACGCAGUGGACUGCGCCACCCAAGCCCUCGAGAAGUUCAACAUCGAGAAGGACAUCGCCGCCUACAUCAAGAAGGAGUUCGACAAGAAGUACAACCCGACCUGGCAUUGCAUCGUCGGCCGCAACUUCGGCAGCUACGUGACGCACGAGACCAAGCAUUUCAUCUACUUCUACCUCGGACAAGUGGCGGUGCUUCUUUUCAAGUCGGGAUGAUGGCUUCGUGUCUUACU